AUGAUUGCACCUGGAUCAAUGUCUGAAUUAGCAUUUAAUAAAUAUAAACGAUGGCAAUGGUGGUUUCUUGUGGCACUCAGCAUAGCGUUUCUUAAUGUAGGCCAAUCAGCUGCUGUUGUCCUUGGAAGAUUUUAUUAUGAUCAGGGUGGAAAUAGUAAAUGGAUGGCUACUCUAGUUCAAACUGCUGCCUUCCCAAUCUUAUUCAUUCCAUUAUAUACAAUUCCUUCACCUACAGAGGCUUCAACUUCUGUUUCACUUCCCAUCAAAAUUAUUGUUUUGAUAUAUUUUGCUCUAGGAGUCUUAAUUGCUGCUGACAAUAUGAUGUACUCCACUGGACUCUUAUACCUCUCUGCUUCUACAUACUCGCUGAUUUGUGCAUCACAGUUGGCUUUUAAUGCAGUGUUCUCAUAUUUUAUCAAUGCUCAAAAGUUCACACCUUUGAUUAUAAACUCCACAGUGGUUCUCACAUUUUCUGCUUCACUCCUUGCUGUUAACGAAGACUCAGAUGAACCAUCUGGUCUUUCCAAGGGAAAGUACAUUAUUGGUUUCCUGUGUACCCUUGGAGCUUCUGCAGUGUACUCUCUUUUGCUUUCCCUCAUGCAACUGACCUUUGAGAAGGUUCUGAAGAAGGAAACAUUUUCUGUUGUUUUGGAAAUGCAAAUCUACACGUCACUUGUUGCCACUUGUGCUACUGUCGUAGGCCUAUUUGCAAGUGGGGAAUGGCGUACUUUGCAUGGAGAAAUGGAGGGUUUUGGGAAAGGACAGGUUGCUUAUGUAAUGACUUUGGUUUGGACAGCAGUAGCCUGGCAGGUAUGCUCUGUUGGUGUUGUUGGUUUGAUCUUCCUAGUGUCUUCUCUCUACUCCAAUGUUAUAAGCACUGUCUCCUUAGCUGUUACUCCUAUUGCUGCUGUUAUAGUUUUUCAUGAUAAGAUGAAUGGAGUGAAGAUAAUUUCCAUGCUUUUGGCUAUAUGGGGUUUUGCCACCUACAUCUAUCAGAACUAUCUUGAUGAUUCGAAGGCAAGACAUGCACAAGCUGUGGCUAAUUCUCAGAAUAAUUCUGUUUGUUGA